GUCCUUAACGAAAGUUAUCUCCCUUUCAACAUGUCAGGCACGAUGAGAUUUAUUAGUAAUUUACACAAAAUUUCGUUUAAUUUGUUACGAUUUCAAAAGGAAAAUGCAAUGAUUAAGAGGCGAUUGCUUCAUUCAACAGUGCCUUUAUAUCUAAGAGAAGUUACAGAAACAACUGUGGACAAUGUUACCACUAUUGAAGGGCGAUUGGUAGAAUCACCUAGAGAGGAUUACGUAAUAAAAGCUGAUGGGGAGAAACAUUUGUGUCCACUGUGUCGUUUGAAUCUAGAUAUAAAUUACACAGAUAUACUUAUCAUUAGCCAGUUUGUUCAGGAAGAUGGUGAGAUUGUACCACGUCAGAUUACUGGUUUAUGUUAUCCACAACAUGCAAGGAUGAAGCACUUGAUACAUCAGGCACACAGUGCAGGAUUGAUGCAAAAUCUACGACCACAUGUGUACCCAGUCGAAUACAGCCAGAUGUCUGAUCAUGCAUGGAAAAAAUACAAUGUUUAUUAUAACGAAGCUAUUGAUGAUUGAUCAUUUUUGUGUUGAUGGUUCAUCAUUGCAAAUAAAUUUCCUUGUCUAUCGAA